UUUGAUCAUUUUUUAUUUUGGAUUUUUUCAUUAAUUUUAUAAUCUUUGAAGCUGUCAAUGAAAAGGAAAUCAGACUUCGCUUGUUAAUUCGAUACCAUUGCAUGGCGCAUGCACAGUUUAAUAUUUACCGAUAUUUAUCUUCUGGUGAAAUAGAAUAAAAAAAUAUUUUUUUAAAUUAAAUUUUAAGGAAAAAGUGGAGACUGAAUUUCAGAAUGGAGGAAAAUGAAAAUGUCGAAAAGGCUCGUGAUAUUGCAAAAAUUGAAAUCGAAGCGAGAAGAAAAGCAAAGAAAAAUGUUUGUGGAUUAUCACUUGAAGAUUGUGCUUACUGUCCAAUAAUUGAAGAAUGUGUAAAAAAUCUAAAAGAUAGAAAAGCAAGGGGAGAAAAAGUUGAUGUGAAAAAACCAAAAGUGGAUUUUAGAGUGCAAUGGAAAAUUUCAAGUGAUCCUUAUUUGUACAACGAUCGUAACUAUGCAAUUUUGCCAGAUGUCCCAAAAAGAUUUAAGGAUUUGAAGAACAAAAUAAAGAUGAAUGAUUUGUUCUAUGCCUGCUUUUGUGAAAAGAGAUUUGAUCGAAAGCGAAAACUUGUUCUGAAUGGAAACGAUCUUUAUCCAAGAAUCGGAAGACGUUUUCAAGAUUCAGAUAUGCAAAGUCUUUUGGAUUUUUUAGAAAAGAAUGGAGAUGUCACAUCUCUUAGUCUGGCUUAUAACGAAAUUCGUUCAAGUUUCACAAAGCUUGUUGAUUAUUUGAAAAAAAAUCAGCACGUACUGGAAUUAAAUUUACAGAACAAUGAAAUAGGAGAAUUUGGAAUUAAUUAUUUGUGCAGAGAGCCUGAGAGUCUAAAACUGAGGAUGCUGAGAUUAAAUGGAAACAAAUUUGGAGUCGAAAGUUCGAAAAAAGUUGCUUUGUUCCUCGCGAAAAAUCAAUAUUUAAAACACUUGGAUGUCGCAGAAGUUGAUCAAACAAUUUCAAGUUUAGUCUAUUAUACUACGGUUCUCAGAUUUGAUCAGGAUCAAUACUCCAAGACCCUAAAAAUUUUGGACAUUAGUCGCCCAAAUCCAGGAUACAUGUGCAAUUUUGAUUCGGCCCAUUGGGCAACUCUCAUUGGUUCAAUGCUGAAAUUUAACGAAACAUUGGUUGAGCUACAUCUUCAAAAAUUCGGCUUUUCCUGUCACGAUAUAGAAUUGAUGUUGACUGAUGCAAAGUACAAUAAAACAUUGCAUUUGCUAGAUUUGAACGAAAAUAAUAUUGGGGACUACGGGGUUGAAAUAUUUUCAGAUUGGUUCACGGAAAAACCAGCUUUAAGGGGUCUUUUGUUAUCACACAAUAUUGUGACUAACAAUGGUGCCAGAAUUUUGAGUUUUUGCUUGCCAUUUUCGAAAAUCAGGAUGCUGGAUCUUUCCCAUAAUCGAAUAGACGAUGCUGGUGCAAUCGACAUUUUAAAUUCUAUCAAGAAAUCUUCUCCUAUGAGGCAUCUACGGCUUUUUGGAAAUCGUAUUAAGCACCCAACAGCAAAGAUCGUAGAGCGGAUGUUACUUUCUGGAGUGUUGGUUCAAGAAAAUCUAGAUCUGAAGCCUUAUAAAGUCGAUGGCGAAUUGAAUUUCGCUCAUUAUCCAGCUGAUCAUUAUAAACAAAGAUAUUAUAAUGUUCCUUCGUAUUCGUACCCUAAACCUUUAAGAAUUCCUUUCAUAAAAAAUGUCUUUAAAGGAAUGGAAAAGCCUAAAGUCAACUUUAAAUACGUCGAUCCUGUACCGACUGUUUCAAGAAGAUCAAAAAUCGACAAAAACCAUCCUUUCGAAUGCGUCUGCUGCAAAUAUAGAGAAGAUCAAAUUACGAACUCUCUAGCCUCUCCCUCUACAUUGCUAAAUGAAACACAAAAUAUCUGCGAAUCUUGCGUCUGUUCAACAUUGGAAGAAAAAAAAAUAAUAAAACAGCAACCAGAAAUUUAUAAUUACUCUCGAGAAGAAAAUUACCCAGAAUGUUUCUGCGAUGAAGAAGAAUCGCAAAAACUCGAAAACUCUGAAUCUUCGAUGCCUCUGACGAUAAAAGAAAAAACAGAACUUGUUUUGCAGCAGGUAGAUUCGGAAAUUGGACUUAAAAUACUGCGAUGGAUGACAAUUGACGAGUCUAUUUUUGAACAAGACUUGAAUGAAAUUGCAUAUCAAAAUUCAGAAUCUAAAAGAGAAUAAAACCAAAUUCUCUCU